AUGCAGCCAGUGAAAGAGGUGACUUGCCUUUGUGCCUCGGAGGCGGCCUUCGCUGCGGUGUGCGGCCGCGGUCGGGUCGUCACCUGGGGGCAUCCGCACUUCGGGGGAGACAGCGGUGCUGUAGCCGCUCAACUCACCUCGGUGCGUCACGUCGUCGCCACCUGCGCUGCGUUCUGCGCUCUCCGGCACGAUGGCUCCUUAGUCGCUUGGGGCGUCUCCACCUGCGGUGGCACCCUGCCGUCCCCCGCGCCCACCGGCGUCGCCUCCCUCGCCGCCUCCAACGCCGCCUUCGCCGCGGUGACGGAACGGGGAGUGGUGACCUGGGGCAUCAGCGGAGGUGGCGGCGAUAGCAGCCGUGUGCAGCCGGAGCUCUACGACGUCCUCCACGUGGUUGCUUCAGCGCGCGCCUUCUGCGCUCUGCGGAGGGAUGGGGCGAUCAUCACCUGGGGCGAUCCCAAUUAUGGCGCUGCGGGCCCUUCUUCCGCGGCGGCCGUCGACCGCGGGCACGGGCGAUGGACCCUAGCGGCCAGCGAGCGGGCCUUUGCCGCGUUGAGUGCGGAAGGGCAGCUGAUCACCUGGGGCGAUCCGGAUGCUGGGCGAAGGACUUUGGUGGUGAUUGCAGUGGAGUGCAAGAAGAGCACCAUCGAUGCAUCGGGGCAAGGCAUGAUCAAGGAAGAGAGGCUACAAGAGAUUCUGGCCAACCCGAAGGUCAAGGCUUAUUUCCAGACCCUCGAGAUCGAUGUGCAUGAAGGGCAUGCUUUGUUCCACCUUUUGGAUAAUGGAGAUGGUGAGGUCACACUGGAAGAGUUCAUCGAUGGACUAAUGCGCUGCAAGGGCCCGGCACGUGCCAUCGAUGCCGUGGCGCUGCACGCGGAUCUCCGGCAGCUGGAUGCCAAAGUUGGCAAACUGAUCGGACACCUGAAGCAGCUAGGCUUGGUCAGGAGCAAGUCCCGAACCAGCGCAGUGGAUGGGCGCAGGCACCAGGCGCAGAACUUGAAGGUCUUCCGGAUUGAUCAGCGAACGGAUCUGGAGGAUUCGACCUUCAUCCGACGGAGCAGCUGA